AUGCAGUUUCGCCUUUUCUCCUUUGCCCUCAUCAUUCUGAACUGUAUGGAUUACAGCCACUGCCAAGGCAACCGAUGGAGACGUAGUAAGCGAGCUAGUUAUGUGUCAAAUCCUGUUUGCAAGGGGUGCUUGUCUUGUUCAAAGGACAAUGGCUGUAGCCGAUGUCAACAGAAGUUGUUCUUCUUUCUUCGAAGAGAAGGGAUGCGUCAGUAUGGAGAGUGCCUGCACUCCUGCCCCUCAGGGUACUACGGACACCGAGCCCCGGACAUGAACAGAUGUGCAAGAUGCAGAAUAGAAAACUGUGAUUCUUGCUUUAGCAAAGACUUUUGUACCAAGUGCAAAGUAGGCUUUUAUUUGCAUAGAGGCCGCUGCUUUGAUGAAUGUCCAGAAGGUUUUGCACCACUAGAUGAAACCAUGGAAUGUGUGGAAGGAUGCGAAGUUGGUCAUUGGAGCGAAUGGGGAACUUGUAGCAGAAAUAAUCGCACAUGUGGAUUUAAAUGGGGUCUGGAAACCAGAACACGGCAAAUUGUUAAAAAGCCAGCAAAAGACACAAUACCAUGUCCAACCAUUGCCGAAUCCAGGAGAUGUAAGAUGACCAUGAGGCACUGUCCGGGAGGGAAGAGAACACCCAAGGCAAAAGAGAAGCGGAACAAGAAGAAGAAGAGGAAGCUGAUAGAAAGAGCCCAGGAGCAACAUAGUGUCUUCUUAGCUACAGACAGAGCUAACCAGUAA